UCAUUCCACCUACAAUGGUAUACCUAGUCAGACUGGUUUGUGGGAACCUCUGGUGACUACAGGAAAAUAUCCCUUUUUACUUUUUUAGUUUGUUUUCUUUUUGUCAUUUAUUGUAACAAUGAUGCUAUUAUAACAUGCAUAGAUAAUAUUUCCUUGAUGACGGUGGAAAAAUAGAGCCCUCCCAGAUGAAAAGGAGACUUGUGUGGCCUGCCCUUGACUGCCACUAAAAAGACAAGGACUGCCAUGAGUUUGAGAUUAGAGUGAUAUUCCAAAAAUGUAGGGUUAUGUUUAAUAGAGUCUGACUUAUGAAAACUACCUAUUCUAAACCUUAACCAAAGUUAGUAUUUUACUAGCAUGUAUGAAGUCUUAUGUCACAGCUUUCAUGAGGGCGGGAAUCCAAACAAUGUCGUCAUCGUGUGCUCACAUACAGCAUCAGAUUCCCGUCGUGUCCUCCCAGACAACUAGACAGCCUUGAACUGCUGAGUGCAGCAGCAACAUUUGAACCGCUUCCAUGGAGAUCAGAGAAGCAGCCGCUCUUCGUCAACAACGGCGGAUUAAACAGACAAUUCAGUUUCUUCACAAAGACUCCGCCGACCUGCUGCCCUUAGACGGGCUAAACAAAUUGGGAACCUCCAAAGAAUGGGUAAGCAACCACACAACAUUCUCCGAAGACGUCUUCUGGAGGUAAAUUUGUCACAUGGCAAAAUCAACAACAACCAUGGGGUAAAGCAGCAUCAAAACAAUCCAUGUCUAACUCUUCGCACUGUGAGAGAAGAGGAGGAUAAUGACCUCAUAUAUGUGGUUGGGAAGUGCUGUGGUCGAGAGUUAGUGAUUCUGGUCGAUACUGGCUGUGCUGUCAACCUGAUCACUACAGUUAGUGUGGAGAAACUGGGCUUAAAGAACAAGGUUGUUUCAAGGAAAACAGAGGAGGACAGUUAUAGCACACUUGUUUGUAACCAGCAAACACAAGGACACAUUGACCUGAACCUCUCCUUUGGGCAAGUAAAGACAGACUGCACCUUCAUAGUUGUGGAAAAUGAACAGCCACUGGUAUCCCUUGGCAUCAGGACACUGAAGGCGCUAAAGUGCGUGAUUGACACAGAGAAGCAAAUGCUUGUCCUGGGAAAAAGUACUAGAGCACAAGUCCGCUUCUCAACUAGCUCAGGCGUGCCUCUCAGGGAAAGCAUUCUUGGAGAGAGACAAAUCUAAUUUCUGUCUUCGGCAUAACUGCAGAUCGUGACCUGUGAAGCCCUCUUCUGGAACAACAGGACAGCUCAAACGCACUCUCUCAGCACAGGCCUUAUUAAACGUCCAAGAGAUGGGAAUUUAAAUAGGAAUCUGUUUACCUCCCACUCAUCCAAUUCCUCUCUCCUCCGGACCUCCUGUAUCUGUUCGCUUCUGUGUCUAAAUGAUUAUCUAACCACUGCACUGAUGAAUUAUAAAUGAAGGUCAACUAUCAUCUCAAGGCACACACACACAGGUACACAUGAGAGUGUGUG